AUGGAUCAACGAUUUUUAUCAACUUUAAUAGCCUACACAUCCAUUAUCGCUUUCACGAUUAAUUUUGUUAUAAAAUCAAAUAUCAUCGGGAAGUUUUCAAACUUUUCUCAAUUUUCAACGGAUUCUGAAAAGGUUUGUGAGAAAUAUAUGCAAAAGUUUUACAUUGAUAUUUAGAUUGAUGUAAAGUCUCAAAAAGCCUUAUUUUUCAUCGGAUGGAUGAUUUUGUCGCAUUUGCCUUCGUCCAACUUGUUCUUCAACGUUGGAUUCGUCCUGGCUGAACGAAUCUUGUACAUGACGAAUGUUGGAUUUUGUGGAUUUGUUGGGCUUGGACUUCAAGUUCUUCUCGAUAGGUUCAUUUUUACAUAUCUUUGAAGAGGACUUUUGUAUUUCUGGUUUAUUCGUUCAGUAGUUGAAAAUGUGUCAUUCGAAAAGCAGAAUUUCAAAGUUUCGAAAAUUUUCAUGUUUAUUGAUCACUCUCUUCAUGAAAAAAAGUAAGAAAAAUUUUUUUUUAUGAACUAGUUUUUUUAAAUUUUAUUUUCACCCGUGUAUUUUUGUAGAAAAUGAAUUUCGGGUUUUCGAGGAAAUUUAAACUUCAAAUCAAUAGGAAAAAUUGUGUUUUUGAACAGGUUUUUGACGAUUUAUGGGGUUGAACUGUAUUGUAAAAUCUGAAAUUUGAAAUCAAACGGAUUUAUAAUGGUCAAAUUUUUCUAUAGUUGUUUGAAAUAUGACCAGUUAGAAAUUUUUUUCAGCUCGUUGGCCUAAAAACUUUCGUUUUUUCAAGAUUUUCAUUAAAUUUUUUAUGUUGAAUUUCCGUUUCCUAGUAGAAAAUAUGGUCAUAGUUCUGAAAAAAUUUUAAAAAAAGCUAUGAGUUUCCAGAAAACCCGCCUACAAAUCGUGUAUUAUCUCAAUCUUUUUCCAUCGUUUUGAUCCUUCACUCGGUUCGAACCUGGCGAAGGACCGAUGACUGGAAAAAAAUGAAGAAAAACUUAUUUUCCAGUGCCAUUUCUAUCAAUCCACCUAAAGGUAUCAAAGAAAUAUAAAUUUAUUUAUUUUUCCAUUUUUUCAGCUUUUGCGAAUCUCGGUCAUGUUUAUGCUGCACGUGGAGAGUCGAAAAAAGCUUCCGAAGUUUAUGAAUUGGCUUUGAAUUAUCGGCCGAACAUGGCGGACACUUGGUAUAACUUGUGAGUUUUUUUGAAAAUUUAUUUCUCGAAAGUGGAAAUUAAAAAUUUUGCUAGAGGUUCUUAAGAAACAGUUGAUUUCAAAAACUCGGUUGCAAAAAAUUGAAUUUUUUUCGAAUAAUUUUUCAUGAUUAGGAAUUUGAAAUCGAUCAAUUUUGAUAUAUAGAGAAAAAUAUUCAUAUUGAAAUUCUAUUGAAAUCGUAUUUUUUUGAAGCUUUUUAUUCGAUUUUCCUGGAAGUUAUCUUGCUUUUUCUAAAAAUGCAUUUCUACAUGAUUUUUGAACAGGAACCUUAUUAGUUCUCAAUUUUUCAGAGGGAUACUCAAAAAAAUGACAACGGUGACAAGUCCGGGGCUUCGAAAUGCUAUCAGAACGCCUUGACCUACAGGAAAAACCUUUGCUGCAGGUAUAAAUCGAGUUUGAGGCUUUUUGAUAAGAAAAAGGCUACAAAAUCAAAAAACCUUCAUUUUUCUUUAACAUUGUUGAGAAAAAGCCACAUAAUUUCUUAAAAAUCGAUCUUUUUCCAGUGGAAUAAAACAGGUGACCUUUUCAAACAUCUAUCAGGAAUAUGAUUUUUCUAAUUUAAUUUUUUUUUUUUGAGGCUAAAAACGGUAGUUUUCAUCAAAUUUACUCUAUUUAAAGAAAUCUACGUAACUCAAAUUGCCGUAUUUGUGUCCUUAGGGUUUUAAAAAACAGGUUUUCCAGAAGAAAAUGUGCCAAACGAAAACUUUCAGCCAUGCUCAACCUGGCCCUCGUGGAAUGGGAUCUUGGCCUCGAGCCAACGGCUUUGGCCCGCUUGGAAGUUUGCCAAUCGAUAAAUGGGGAAGAUGGAAAAUUCUACCGACAUCAUCAAGUAACCCUGACUCACUGUGGAUUCAACAAGGGACGGCUCUUGGCUUCGAAAGGAAAACAUUCGGAAGCCGCGGAGGCUUACGAGAAGGUUAUUGAUGCUGAAAGAACAGUGUCUGUGUAUGCGCCUUUAUUAACUGAACAUUUAGAUUUAAUUAAAGGCGCAUACACAGAGGCUGGCCGCGCGCUUUGAAGUGAAAAUUUCGUGGACCGGAGAAUGAUAAAAAUUUUUAUAGACCUAUGAGGAAGCUUCCCUGCGAAGCGCGUGACCGGACUCUGUGUGUGCGCCUUUAAUACAUGAAAAUUUAGAUUUAAUUAAAGGUAUCAAGGAGAAGCUUCCCAGAAGUAUUUCGUCGUUUGGAGGAUGAUGAAAAUUGUGAUAGACCUAUGAAGAAACUUCCCUUCGAUGUGCGAGACCUGUCUCUGUGUAUGCGCCUUUAAUAACUGGACAUUUGGAUCUAAUUAAAGGCGCAUGAACCGAAAUAGGCCUUGCGUAUCAAAGAGAAGCUUCCGGAAGGGCUUCCUAGCCCUGAGAAUGAUUAAAAUCGUGACAAGCCUUCCGGGAAGCUUCCUUUUAAUAUACACGACAUGUCUCUUUGUAUGCGCCUUUAAUAACUGGACAUUUGGAUUUAAUUAAAGGCGCAUGCACAGAGGUAGUUUGCGCGCAUUCAAAGGAAGCUACUGGAAAGGGUUUCGUGGCUUGGAGGAUGAUAAAAAAUGUGACAAGCGUCCCGUAUAGCUUUCCCCCCUCGAUGCGCGCGACCGAUCUCUGUAUGUGCCUUUAAUAACUUUACAUUUUGAUCUAAUUAAAGGCGCAUAGACCGAACCAUUCCCUGCGUAUCAGAGAGAAGCUUCCCGGAAGGGCUUCAUAGCUCGGAGAAUAAUGAAAAUCGAGACAAGUCUUCCGCGAAGUAGUAUUUUUCCGAUUUCAGGCGCUCAAAAACGCCCCGAAAGGCUAUGAAAACGCGGCGGCUCUGCUAAAUUCGUUGGGCGAAACCUAUGCCAAACUUGGUGAUGACCUUCAAGCUGAACGAUGCUUCCAGAAGGCAUUGGAGGCGAAUCCGAAGCACGUCAACGCCUACAUCACCUUGGCUCAUCUGAGAAUCCGACAGGUUCAGGAAAAACAAAGAAAGGAUUUUAGAAAGAGAUUCUUCAGAAUCGCAGCACUGAAGCGUCGUCUUGGCUCUCGAAGGCCAGAAGUUUGGCGCCGGAAUCGCCUACAGUACUCCAGCAAGCCGCUCAGGCUGCUUUUGUUAUCGUAAGGGGCUUCUUUAGGGAUAAAAUUCGUUCCGAAAUGAAUCGAGUAUUUCAUUUUAUUUAGUAUCAGCUGUUCAGAAAGACAAGAUAAAAAUUCGUAACACCUUUUUUUGGAUAAGCUUUUGCGCCCCAUCGAGAACCUUUAGACUACUUAUUAGCCGUCCUUCUCGAAAGAUUUUUGAAAAAAUCGGUUUGCCAAUGAUUUGAGCUUCAUUUUCCUGACAAUGACGUUUGUCCUUCCAGGGUAACCUGAACAACUCGGAGACGUUGUUCCGAGAAGCGCUCCGGCUCGAUCGAACCCAUGCCGAAAGCCUUCACGGCCUGGCCAACGUCCUGAGAGAGUUGGGCCGGAACGAAGAAAGCGAGGAGGUCCUGGCGCGACUUUGCGAAGUCAGACCCGACGAUCCGGUAGCCGUGGCCAACUACGCGGCAACCCUGCAUCUCAACGAGAAGCACGACCACGCCUUGAAGAUGUACGACCGCGCUUUACGGCUGAAUCCCGCCGACCGAACGACAGCUGAGAAUCGCGCCAAGUUGCUGCGCACCAUGCGCAGAAACACUCUUCUUUGA